CACCUCAUUUUGUCCAAAACAAUAACCAAAAGUCUAUAUAUUGCAAAACUCAAAAAAUCUAUAAAUAGAGCCACUUCAACGUGCUUCCCCUUUAUCCUUUAUUACUUCUGUAAAAUUACAUUUCUCCAACAUGCAUCCUUGGGUGUUCAUGAUUUUAGCUUUAUUCUCACUUUCUACUUUAUCCUCUAGAGAAGCCCGUGAAGGCCUAAGGGGCUUCAGCGUUGACCUUAUCCACCGUGACUCACCUUCAUCACCCUUUUACAAUCCUUCACUCACCCCAUCAGAACGCAUCAUAAACGCUGCCUUGCGCUCCAUGUCUCGAUUACAACGAGUAUCCCAUUUUCUAGAUGAAAACAAACUACCCGAAUCUCUUCUAAUCCCAGACAAAGGUGAAUACCUAAUGAGAUUUUACAUCGGUUCCCCUCCCGUGGAAAGGCUUGCUAUGGUAGACACAGGGAGUAGUCUCAUUUGGCUGCAAUGUUCCCCCUGUCAUAAUUGCUUCCCCCAAGAAACCCCUUUGUUUGAACCCCUCAAAUCUUCCACUUACAAGUAUGCGACAUGUGACUCACAACCUUGCACAUUACUCCAACCUAGCCAACGUGAUUGUGGAAAACUAGGUCAGUGCAUAUAUGGAUGCAUGUACGGUGACAAAUCAUUCUCCGUUGGAAUACUGGGCACCGAAACCCUAAGUUUUGGUUCCACGGGUGGUGCACAAACUGUUUCAUUUCCUAACACUAUUUUCGGGUGUGGAGUGGACAAUAAUUUCACAAUUUAUACUAGCAAUAAAGUCAUGGGUAUAGCGGGUCUUGGUGCAGGACCAUUGUCGCUAGUGUCACAACUAGGAGCUCAAAUUGGUCACAAAUUCUCCUAUUGUUUGCUUCCUUACGAUUCAACCUCCACCAGCAAAUUGAAAUUUGGGAGCGAAGCAAUAAUAACUACAAAUGGGGUUGUGUCCACUCCCCUCAUAAUCAAACCCUCUUUGCCUACCUAUUACUUCCUCAACCUUGAAGCCGUCACCAUUGGACAAAAGGUGGUGUCAACGGGUCAAACUGAUGGCAACAUAGUCAUUGAUUCGGGGGCACCCUUGACGUAUCUUGAAAACACCUUUUACAACAACUUUGUGGCUUCGUUGCAAGAAACCCUUGGUGUUAAGUUGCUGCAAGAUCUUCCAUCACCCCUAAAGACUUGUUUUCCAAAUCGUGCCAACUUGGCUAUCCCUGAUAUUGCGUUUCAAUUUACUGGAGCUAGUGUUGCACUGAGGCCUAAGAAUGUUCUUAUUCCGCUCACAGAUAGCAACAUACUUUGCUUGGCGGUGGUGCCCAGCUCAGGAAUUGGGAUUUCCAUCUUUGGAAGUAUUGCACAGUAUGAUUUUCAAGUGGAGUACGAUCUCGAAGGGAAAAAAGUUUCUUUUGCUCCUACGGAUUGUGCUAAAGUUUAAUUAAUUAAUUAAUUAAAACAAAACAAAACAAAAAAGUUUAACGUGUGGCUUCUUUCCACUAAGAACCGAUGGUGUGCUAGGUUUGAAAGGGGAUAUUUUACUUUUUGUGAUUGGAAUGUUGGUCCUUUAAAAUGCUUGAAACAAUGUUUUAGCAAAUAGACUCUAAUUUGUUAAGGUAAGGAUUUCAUGCAUGUAUGUUUAAUGGUUAAAAUACUCCUUUACUCUUUUAAUAAAAUUUGUCUUUUUGAUUAAAA